GAACUUUGCCGCUCUUUGUAUUCAGGAGUAUAUGGUGAAAAAUACCUCUGUAUUUGAAAAGAGGACAGGGGUUAUAAUUUAGUUCCUCAUUUAAAAAGUAAAAGGUUAAAUGUCUUUUAUAUAGUGUGAGAGAUUUUAAAUAUAUAUAGCAGAAUGAUGCACUGUGUAAGAACGUUUACUUUCAAAAAGAAGAUACCAUUAGCGUUGACAUUAAAAUAUAUCACAGAAUGCAAGCUGGCUGAUAAUAGUGGCAUCAACUUUUUAAUCAGACCUCAAUCUUAUCAUUUUUAUAAGAAUGUGCAUACGUCUAAGAGUUUAGUUAAACCAAUAAGUCAAAUUGGAAUAAUUAAAACAUUGUCACAUAAGCUUGAUCUUUUUAAAAAAAAAACUCAUUUAAAUGAAUUGGGUUAUGAUUUGUAUGGUGACAUUCCUGAUGGACUCAAUUAUUCGAUAUUUUACAAAGGUUUCAAUAUGCCAGAUACAUUUUUCUCUUGGUUCCUAGUCACAGAAUUGCAUGUUUGGAUGUUAAUGGUACGUUUCAUGGCUGAAGGAGAGAAGGGCAAAUUAGUUAUAAGCAAAAUGGUCGAGGCUAUGUGGCAUGAUGUUCUUAUAAGAGCAGAAUUACUUGGUCCAAUGACUCCAAGAACAAAAAAAAGACAAGUAGCGGAAUUGUCAUAUCAAUUUAAUGCAGCUAUAGUUGGUUAUGAUGAAGGAAUCAUGUCAGAUGACAAGGUACUAGCUAGUGCAUUAUGGAGAAGGUUCUUUUGCUUAGAAUGUAACAAUCCAGAACAUCUAGAAAAACUUUUAAUUUAUGUUAGAAAACAGAUUAAUAUGUUUGAUAAAAUUCCAUCAGAAAAAGUUUUUGAUAGAUCAAUAGCAAAAUGGGUAGAUUUGUAAGGCAUCACAUGAAGAUCAUUAAUACUAUUAAGAAUUUGUAAAUUUUAAUUAG